AGAAGGGUCUCGACCCGAAACGUCACCCAUUCAAUCUCUCCAGAGAUGUUGCCUGUCCCACUGGGUUACUCCAGCUUUCUGUGUCCAUCUUCGGUGGAAACCGACCUGUGCGGUUCCUUCUUGCAGUGAAAUAGAAAGAGAGGCGGAGCGCGGUCGGGCGUGUUUCAUACCGGGUUUCCGGCGGGGCUGCGUGGCCCAGAGGAGGAGGCGGCCGGCGCUGGUCAUGGUGUUGUUGGAGAGCGACUCGUUUCUGACGGAGCUAACCCGGCUUUUCCAGAAAUGUCGAUCCUCGGGAAGCAUUUAUCUCACCAUGAAGAAAUAUGAUGGCCGGACAAAGCCAGUUCCACGGAAAGGGAACCCUGACAAUUUUGAACCUGCUGAUAACAAAUGUCUUCUGCGAGCAACUGAUGGGAAAAAGAAGAUCAGCACCGUGAUAAGCUCCAAGGAAGUAAACAAGUUUCAGAUGGCGUAUUCAAAUCUGCUGAGGGCACACAUAGAUGGCUUGAAGAAGAAAGACAAGAAGAGCAAGAGUAAGAAGACAAAGGCCACGCAAUGAUGUCAAGGCAUGGGGGGGGGGGGGUUGACUUUUCCUGUGCCUGACUACUUCCUACACAUCACAUGCAGAUGUAGAGGAAUCAAUGUUGGGUGAGGAAAGAGUUCCAGUAGGGCAUUGAUUAAAAAUGGACAAUACCCACAGUAUGGAUAACUCUUCUUCUAUUUGUGACACCUUUUUGCAUUAAUCCAUGCAUGAGCAUGUUUAUAACCAUGUCUCAUCAAUAGGUGGUGGGGAUGGAGUAUGGGGAGGGGGGGGGGAGGAGGAAUUUGCUGAACACGUGUUAGAAAAAGGUCAUUAUGCAACACUGCAACCAUAAUCCUAUCCCCGCUUCACUCUCUCUGCAGCAAUAUUCAGUUUUAGUUUGUCACGUUUACCGAGGUGCAGUGCAAAGCUUAUUGUGAAGCAUAAUGCAGGACAUGGCCAGAGUGAAUUUUAAUCUCUGCAUUUCUUUGAUCGUUAUUGGUAUUUUGCCUCAUUCAACUGAAUUGUUAUCAAGUGAUCACUGCCAGCAAAGAUAAUUUCUGUGCAUUCUCCAUCUUUGAAGGUGCCUGUGGUAUCCAAUGAAUGUCAGUUUGAAAUGAUUUGAGUUAACUUAUUUUGAUGUGGCUGCACCCUCUUCCUCCCUGCUCCCCAUCCCAUUUACUACAAUAAUUGAAUGUACUGAUCACCAGAGGCCAGAUCUUUAAGGUCACUGCCCUUGAGGCCAAUGCAGGAGCUUUCCUUCCUGCUCUAGCAGAAACCAACCAGAAGGAACCAAAUCUUCAUGUGAACGUGAUAGGGAGAAUCACAUUUUGAUUUCCUUAUUGGUAGCCUUCACCACCUAGCAUGGUUUGAUCUUUCUGGUUGACUUUCUGGGGGUAGGUUUUAUUUUAGGUUAAAGAAAUAUGCACAGUAUGACGACCAAUCUUCAUGCUGUAAUAAAUCUUGGGUUUAGUUUGUUGAGUAUUGAUAAUUGUAGAUCUGCAUCAAUUACAUUAAAACACUUUGUUUUACUGCACCAGAA